AUGGCGGAGUCGCUGCCCCUGGAGAUACUCACAUAUAUUCUGAGCUUCCUGCCUCUGUCAGAUCAGAAAGAGGCCUCGCUCGUGAGUCGGGCUUGGUACUAUGCGGCCCAGAAUGCCCUGCGGGAGACAAACGUGCGGUACAAUAUCCCCGUGUCCUCGGCCUCCCUCCCAGCCAUCAAGAGCCUGGGCCUCAGGGCCAUCUCCUGCAUCAGCCUGACUAACCUGGAUGGCUCGCCAGCUUCACAACAGGUGCUGCAGUCUGUUGCCUACCACCUGGGCCCACACCUGCAGAGCUUGUGCCUCAGUGGGGGCAGUCCCACAGAGGCCUCCUUUCUGGCCCUGAUCCUGAGCUGCCCAGCCCUGCAUAGCCUUGAUCUCAGUGGCUGCAACAGCCUCUUCGCAUCGGGCAUGCUGCUAGCUCGGCCCGAAACGGCACAGCAGGUCCAGCAGGCACUAAGCAGCCUCCGUGAGCUCAACCUGGCUGGCCUGCGAGACCUGGCGGAUCUCAGUUUCAAUCAGCUCAGCAGUUGUGCCCCCAGCCUGGAGCGCCUCUCCUUGGCCUACUGUCACCUCACCUUUGAGGUAGGCCCAGCCUGGGGUUCCAUUGGCCCCCAGAACUCCUCCCCCUCCCAACUCUCCUUCCGCAACCUGCUUCGAUUCUUGAAGGAGCGGGCUGGUAGGCUGCACACCCUGGACCUGAGUGGCACUGGCUUGCCAUCCGAGGCCCUGCAGGCCCUGGGCCAGGUGGCCGGGCUACAGCUUGAGGAGCUGAGCCUACACAGCUGCCGGGACCUCUCCACAGAGGCCGUGGCCACCCUUUGCCGCCUACAACCAGGCCUUAUCUCCCUGGACCUCAGCGGCUGCUCAGAACUAGCUGACGGGGCACUCUUGGCGGUGAGCCGGGGUCUCCGGCACCUGCAGCGCCUGAGCCUGAGGAAGCUGCAGCGACUGACAGAUGCGGGAUGUACAGCCCUGGGGGGCCUGCGGGAGCUACAGAGCCUGGACAUGGCUGAGUGCUGCCUGGUGAGCGGGCGGGAAUUGGCCCAGGCCCUGGGCUCAGUGCGUGGAACUCCGCCCCCGCUGGCCUCCCUCAGCCUGGCCUACUGCUCCUCACUCAAGGACGCCUCAGUGCUCUCCCUGAUCCGAGCGCUGGGCCCAAGUCUCAGGGCGCUAGACUUAUCCUCUUGUGUGGCCCUCACCAACCGGACCCUGCAGGCCAUCUGCACCUACCUCACUUCCCUCUCAGUCCUGCGCCUGGCCUGGUGCAAGGAGCUCUGUGACUGGGGGCUUCUGGGGCAGGAGGAACCAAGUGAGGAGCCAGCACAGAGAUCCCAGCCACAUCAGGCCUCAGACCCCAAGGACCCUUCUCCCCAGCCUCAGCUCCCCUCCCUGCUCAGGCUGCAGGCGCUGCAGGAGUUGGACCUCACAGCCUGCAGCAAGCUGACUGAUGCCAGUCUGGCCAAGGUGCUCCAGUUCCCCCACCUGAGACACUUGUCACUGAGCCUGUUGCCAGCACUCACAGACAAGGGCUUGGUGGCUGUGGCCAGAGGCUGCCCUAGCCUGGAGCGCCUGGCGCUGAGUCACUGUGGCCUCCUCAGUGAUGAGGGCUGGGCCCAGGCAGCCAGCUCCUGGCAGAGGCUGCAGCACCUCAACCUGUCCGGCUGCAGUCAGCUCACAGAGCAAACGCUAGAUUCCGUUGGGCAGGCAUGCAAGCAGAUCCAGAUGUUGGAUGUUGCCAUGUGCCCUGGUAUUAGCAUGGCUGCCGUCAGGCGAUUCCAAGCCCAACUGCCCCAGGUGACCUGCGUCCACUCACGCUUCGUGGGAGGGGCUGACCUGACCCUAACACUCUGA